AUGGAUUUGGAAUUUACUGAAAAACUUAUACAAGCAGUGAGAAAUAGACCUGUUUUGUACUUACUAAAUCACCCUGACUACAAAAACAACACAAAAAAACUACAAGCGUGGAGGGAUAUCCAGAGAGAGUUAAACGAAGAAGUUCCAACUUUAAAAGCAAAAUGGAAAAAUUUAAAAGAUACUUUCAGAAAAUCCAAGCAAUCAAAACACAGCUCUAGUGGCCAAGCAACAAAAAAACUACAGAAUUGGGCCUGGGCUGAAGAAAUAUCACUUCUUGAAUCAUGUACUACCCCCAAUCAAACGGAGAGCAGCAUUAUUCUGGAGAAUGAAUCUUCUCAACACGAAGAAACAAGCCGUACAAAUUCUUCGGUGGCAAAUGAAGAGUCAGCCAAUCAACCUACACCCUCUACUUCUUACGACGCGACAACCGUACCAGAAAAUACACAACAAUCCGGCUCAUCACAUCAAAUAUACAGGCGACAGCGAAGAAUAAACAUGAAUCCUACAGACAGAAUGGUUGAGUACUUAGAAAAUAGAAGGAAACAAAACUCUAAUUAUGAGAAAGUUACGGUUAAAAGUGACGGUACUGAUUUGUUAUUUUUGGGUUAUGCAGACUCUUUUAAAAAACUAAGCAAACGGACUCAAGUAAACGAUAAAUUUGAUAUCGCAAAAAUAUUGAUGGAAGCUGAGCUUAAUGAUCUUGAGACUGCUGAAAGAAACACAUCUUCACGUACUUCAAACUACUCAAAUGAUAUGAUCAUUCAUGCUCCUGCUACUCCGGGGACCCACUGGGGAGGCAACACAUCUUCACAUACAACAACAUACUCAAGCAUGCAUACUCCUAUUACUCAAAAUGACAGUGAGGCAGCACAUCAAGAUUCUUACGACAGUAAUGCAACAAACAUACAUGCUCUUGUUACUCCGGGAAACUACUCCUUGAUAAGUAAUGACAGUAACACCGCAAUUUAA